AUGGAAACUUUUUGGGAAAGAGAACAAAAGCAACAAAACCAGAAACUAUUAGAUCAAGAAGAAUUUGACUGUAGAGAUGAUGGUAUCAAGCAUGGACUGUUUGAUAAGACGCAUCAGUCUGAAGUCCCUCUCUUUUGAGUCGAGACUAAGAUUAAAAUUCAUAACAACAUUGCUGAAAUAAAGUUUCUUCAGUACUACUUUAAUGACAAGGAUGAGGAUAUCCAAGCAGAGUAUAUUCUCCCUAUAGACACUAGCUGUAUAUUUACUCGCUUCAAAGCUUAUGUUGGGGAUGAAGUGCUUAAAGCUCAUGUGCAAGAGAAUAAAAGAAUUGAAGAUGCCUUGAACUCUGCAGGAUACAAAAAGACUAACCCUAGCUGAAGCCCAUUUUCACGACAAAAAGAUAUAAUGAGCAUCCAGAUGGGAGAUCUACCACCAAAUUCUCCUGUCAUUAUCUCUUGUGUUUUCCACCAAGUAAUGGUAGUUGAAGAUAUCAGCUGGAGACUUCAUAUCCCAAGUAUAAUCCAUCCAAAAUACUUUGGCGAUCUGACAGGUGCUGUAAAAUGAGGAGCAAACCUUGAGGAAAUGAUCAAAAAUAUUGACCCUGAAAUAAAAGGGGAAAUGCAAGAAAAACAUGUUGAGAGAAUCUCUUCUCUAUAUUCUUCCAAUGAGCAUUUAUGGGGCUUAGCAAUAGUGAUUUAUUCACAAAGCCCUAUUACUCGUAUUAUUAGUCCUUCUCAUCAAAUAAAAGCUUCGUUCCUUGAUGAGGACAACCAAGUUGCAAGAGUCGAUUUGGAAAACCCAAAGACUAAAGAUUUCUUUUCUCGUGAUUUCAAGCUCAUGUACAGAAACCAAGAUAUCAACAUUCCAUCUGCUAUUGUGCAGAAGAAAGGAGAUUUCUAUGCUCUAAUGGUGUGAAUGCUUGCUGACUGCACUCAUAAGAAAGACUGGGAUGAAACUGCAGUCUCCAUCUGUGAAGAAAUUGACACCAACCCUGACACUAAGUAUAAACAAAAAUUAUAGAGAAUACUGACCCACCUCAGUACACCUUCAUUAUAGACUGAAGUGAUUCUAUGAAGGUAGACAAUCGAAUUGAUAUUGCAAAAGAAGCUCUGAUAUUGUAUCUUAGAAGCUUACCCUGUCGCUGAGAGUUUAAUGUGCUAUGCUUUGGAUCGAAUCAUUCCUUCCUUCUCUCGAGCUAUCAACCUUACUCUGAUGAAAGUAUGGAAAAGGCUAUAAGAAGAGUGAAGAAACUAUCAGCUAAUAUGGGAACCACAGAAUUCUACAGCUGACUAAAGGCCUUAUUCUCUAAUGAAGACCCAAGAUCACUUCAGAAUAAUGUCAUCCUUCUCACGGAUGGUUGAGUCUCAGAUUUAGACGAAUGCAUUGAAAUAGUUCAAGAAAACUCAGCCAAUUUUACAUUAAAUACAUUUGGAAUUGGAUCAAGAGUGAAUCCCAGAUCUUUAGUGAGCCUUUCGAAAGCAGGAAAUGGAGAGCAUUACAUAAUUGACAAUGCUUGAACAUCUCUUAAGAAGGAUAUCAUUAAUUGUCUCUCAAGUUCAUUAUGUGAUGAAAUAAAUAUUCUUCGGAAAGACAUUGCUGUGAGUGGUAAUAAAAUCUUUGAGUAUCCGCCAUUAGAUGAGAUAGAGACCACAAUGGCUCAUGGAAGCCAAUUCACAUACUUCUGCAUUAUUGAUACGAAGGGCAAAGACUUCAGGGGAAGUAUCUCAUUUGAUGUCCAAGAGAAAAAGGAUGAAGAAAUUGAGGAUAUCCUCCUUGAUCUCCAAGAAGAUGUCAAACACAUUCCUGGUGACUCCAUCUUUAAGAUGUUCUGCGAUACCUACAUUAGAGAAAAUAGUAAAUAUGAGCUAACGAGAAAAGACAUCAUUAGUAUAUCUUUACGAUUCCAAGUAAUUAGUGAGUACACCUCUUUGAUCCUCAUUGGUCCUGAUAUGAGAGUAAGAAAAGUCUUGAAAGACGGAAACAGCUCAUCAGGAUCUCCUCAUGCUUCACUUAAAAACAGUAAAAUUACAGUCUUUGCAGAAAUACCGAGAGGCCUGACAAUCUCAAUGGAUUGCUAUGAAGAUACUUUAAUAGAACAUCUUUGGAGAUAUCUUGAUUUCCAAGAAGGUAUCACUCCAGACUCAUAUCAGUUAUCCUACGAAGGGUUGCUGUUACAAGAAAGAAGGUCUCUAGCAGAUUAUGGAAUUCAAGAUGGAGCCCUUCUUUAUUGAGAUAUAAAGCCUCUUGAAGAGAUAUACCCAAUAGUUGUUGAUGAGUCCAUAUCAGAAAUUACCCUGGACGAGCUCUUGGAAAUGCAAAGCUAUGAUGGAUCAUGGGAAGUCGGCAUGUUCGACCUGGCUGAUUAUAACUGGGAUCUCCUCAGGCGCAAACUCCCCAUCCAAAUCAGAGACACCAUCACCGAACCCAACCUCGUAAAAAUCGGCCUUACCAUCGUCGGCCUCCAAACCCUCACUAAAUUCUUCCCUUCCCACUCCUCCCUCAAACUGAUCACCCAAAAAUCAACUGCCCUCCUCCACUCAGCCUCCCACACAAAUCUCUCCCCUAAAUCCCUCUCUUCCUUCCUCUACUGGGCCUAACCUCCAAAAAAUUUCAACUGU